AUGGGUCUGCUGCUGAGUGCAGAGAUUGAUGACAAAGGACAUAGAAAAGACCAAGGCAGUCAGGGUCUUCUACAUCUUGAUCCUUAUUGGUAUGACUAUAAUAUUUUUCUCUGCUGUAGUCGUGACAUGGAGAAUAAAGAAACCCUCAGGGGGUUGCAGAAGAUGGAUGACCGCCCAGAAGAGCGCAUGAUCAGGGAGAAACUCAAGGCAACGUGUAUGCCAGCUUGGAAGCAUGAAUGGCUGGAAAGAAGAAGCAGGAGAGGCCCUGUGGUGGUGAAACCUAUCCCUGUGAAGGGAGAUGGAUCUGAAAUGAACAAGCUAUCUCUAGAACCUCAAUCUGAAGGACAAAGCAGUGCUUCUUCACCUACGCAGAAGGGACGGCGUAGUCCUUCUCCUAGCAGUUCUUCUUCAUCAUCCUCUCGGACUGUUAAAUCUGAGUCACCAGGUGUUAGAAGAAAAAGGGUAUCUCCAGUACCUUUUCAGAGUGGACGAAUAACACCACCUCGAAGAGCCCCAUCUCCAGAUGGCUUCUCUCCAUACAGCCCUGAGGAAACAAGUCGUCGUGUCAACAAAGUUAUGCGAGCUAGGCUGUACCUGCUGCAGCAAAUAGGACCCAACUCUUUCUUAAUUGGAGGAGAUAGCCCUGAUAAUAAAUACAGAGUGUUUAUUGGACCUCAGACAUGUAGCUGUGGCCGUGGAACAUUUUGUAUUCAUCUGCUCUUCGUUAUGCUGCGAGUUUUCCAGCUUGAGCCUUCAGACCCAGUGCUGUGGAGAAAGACACUGAAAAACUUUGAGGUUGAGAGUUUGUUCCAGAAAUAUCACAGUAGGCGUAGCUCGAGGAUCAAAGCUCCAUCUCGUAACACCAUCCAGAAGUUUGUCUCACGCAUGUCAAAUUCUCAUACAUUGUCAUCUAGUACUUCUACAUCUAGUUCAGAAAAUAGUAUGAAAGAUGAAGAAGAGCAGAUGUGCCCCAUUUGUUUGUUAGGCAUGCUGGAUGAAGAGAGCCUGACUGUGUGUGAAGAUGGCUGCAGGAACAAAUUACACCACCACUGCAUGUCAAUAUGGGCAGAAGAGUGUAGAAGAAACAGAGAGCCACUUAUAUGUCCUCUGUGUAGAUCUAAAUGGAGGUCUCAUGAUUUCUACAGUCAUGAAUUGCCAAGCCCUGUGGAUUCUUCUGUUCUCCAUGUGGUUCAACAACAAACUCAACAGCAAUCAACAGUUGGAUCACAGAGGAGAAUCCAGGAUACUAAUUUUAACCUUACUCAUUAUGGGGUCCAGCAGAUUCCUUCUGCCUAUAAAGAUUUAGCUGAGCCGUGGAUUCAGGUCUUUGGAAUGGAGUUAGUCGGCUGUUUGUUUUCUCGAAACUGGAAUAUACGAGAGAUGGCACUUAGGCGUCUUUCCCAUGAUGUUAGUGGUGCUCUAUUACUGGCUAAUGGCGAGAGCACUGGAAAUUCUGGGAAUGGCAAUGGAAACAACACAAGUGCUGGAGCUCUGGGAGUAGCGAGUGGGUCAUCUCAGGCCACCGUCUCAGGAGAUGUGGUGGUGGAAUCUUGCUGCAGUGUGCUAUCCAUGGUCUGUGCUGACCCUGUCUACAAAGUGUAUGUUGCUGCUUUAAAAACCUUAAGAGCCAUGCUGGUCUAUACUCCUUGUCAUACUUUGGCAGAAAGGAGUAAGCUACAGCGACUUCUGAAGCCAGUUGUAGAGACAAUAUUAGUUAAAUGUGCAGAUGCCAACAGUCGAACAAGUCAACUUUCAGUCUCAACGCUAUUGGAGAUGUGUAAAGGCCAAGCAGGAGAGUUGGCAGUUGGGAGAGAAAUACUUAAAUCUGGGUCCAUUGGUAUCGGUGGUGUUGAUUAUGUCUUAAAUUGUAUUCUUGCAACUGAAAUUGAACCUAGCAACUGGCAAGCGUUACUGGGGAGACUUUGUCUUAUAGACAGACUUCUGUUGGAAUUUCCUGGUGAAUUUUAUCCUCACAUCGUCUGUGGAGAUGUUUUACAGGCUGAUACCAUAGUAGGCAGGUAUAAGAAACUUCUCUCCCUUCUAAAUUUCGCCUUGCUGUCAAUUGACAAUUCCCACUCAAUGGUCGGUAAACUAUCACGGAGAGUAUUUUUGAGUUCAGCAAGAAUGGUGGCAAGAGUGCCUCACGUGUUUGUAAAGCUGUUAGAAAUGCUGAGUGUGAUAAGCUCAACUCAUUAUACAAGGAUGCGUCGACGUCUGAUGGCAAUAGCAGAUGAAAUGGAAGUUGCAGAAGCCAUCCAGCUAGGCAUGGAAGAAAUACAGUCUAUGGAAUGUCGACAUGAAGACUUUCUGCAGCUACCUGUACCAGAUAAUUCUCCAGAAGCUACAGAAAAUAAUACUCCUAACAAUACCAUUCAGUUAUCAGGGAAAAGUGGGAAAGGUUUAAGUGACAAAAAACUGAGUGCCAGUCCACAGGACAUUUCUGAGACACUGACUGGCCUAGCUGUGGGACUUCCUGUUUCAUCAGUAACCACUGAGCAACCAAAGCCAGCUGUUCAAACAAAAGGAAAACCCUACAGUCAGUGUUUGAACUCUUCUCCCUCAUCCAAUCAUUCCCAGUCACUAUUUCCAACACUUCUCUCUCCUUCAAACCCAUCUGUACCAGCUGGCACUGUAACAGAUGUCUCUAAACUCAGACCUCAGGGAUUCAUUCCCUGCAAAAUCUCCUCACCUUCUCCUCAAACACAACGGAAGCUUUCCCUCCAGUUUCAGAGAAGCUGCUCUGAAAAUAAAGAACCAGAUAAGCUUUCUCCAAUUUUUACCCAAGCCAGGCCAUUGCCAUCUAGUCACAUACACAGGCCAAAGCCAUCACGACCCACUCCAAAUGAUAUGAACAAGCAGGGAGAAACUUCAAAGAACAGUAUGACACUUGACCUGAAUGAUACUUCACAGUGUGAUAGCAACGGUAGUAACAGUAGUGCAGUUAUACCAAGUGAAGAGACAGUGUUCACACCAGUAGAUGAGAAAUGUCGGUUGGAUGUGAGUGCAGAGCUCAACUCCAGUAUUGAGGACUUACUUGAGGCCUCCAUGCCAACAAGCGAUGGCACAGUUACGUUCAAGUCUGAAGUUGCAGUUCUUUCUCCUGAAAGGGCAGAAAAUGAUGAUACUUACAAAGAUGAUGUAAAUCAUAAUCAAAAAUGCAAGGAAAAGAUGGAAGCUGAAGAAGAGGAAGCUUUAGCUAUUGCUAUGGCAAUGUCAGCAUCUCAAGAUGCCCUGCCAAUAAUUCCCCAACUACAGGUCGAAAAUGGUGAAGAUAUCAUAAUUAUUCAGCAGGAUACACCAGAAACUCUGCCUGGACAUACCAAAGCAAAGCAUCAUUACAGGGAAGAUGCAGAAUGGCUUAAAGGUCAACAAAUUGGUCUUGGAGCUUUCUCUUCCUGUUACCAAGCUCAAGAUGUAGGAACAGGGACAUUAAUGGCUGUAAAACAGGUGACAUAUGUCAGGAACACGUCAUCUGAACAAGAAGAGGUAGUGGAAGCACUCAGGGAGGAGAUACGGAUGAUGAGUCAUCUAAACCAUCCUAAUAUUAUUCGCAUGUUGGGUGCUACAUGUGAGAAGAGCAACUAUAACCUCUUUAUUGAAUGGAUGGCAGGGGGAUCAGUUGCUCAUUUGUUGAGUAAAUAUGGAGCCUUCAAAGAAUCAGUUAUUAUUAAUUACACAGAACAACUGUUACGUGGCCUUUCUUACCUCCAUGAGAAUCAGAUAAUUCACAGAGAUGUCAAAGGUGCCAAUUUGCUAAUUGACAGCACAGGUCAUAGAUUAAGAAUUGCUGAUUUUGGAGCGGCAGCCAGGUUGGCAUCAAAAGGAACUGGUGCUGGGGAGUUCCAGGGACAGCUGUUGGGAACUAUUGCGUUUAUGGCCCCGGAGGUCCUGAGAGGUCAGCAGUAUGGUAGGAGCUGUGAUGUGUGGAGCGUUGGCUGUGUUGUUAUAGAAAUGGCUUGUGCUAAACCUCCCUGGAACGCAGAGAAACACUCCAAUCAUCUUGCUCUGAUCUUUAAGAUUGCUAGUGCAACUACUGCUCCAUCAAUCCCUUCGCAUCUGUCUCCUGGUUUGAGGGAUGUGACUCUUCGGUGUUUAGAACUUCAACCUCAGGACAGACCCCCAUCAAGGGAGUUGCUGAAACACCCAGUCUUCCGUACUACAUGGUAGCUACCUAUGUGUAAGGCUGAUACACCGAAGAUGCUACUGUAUAUAAAAUAACUGUCUUGCAGUGCAGCUAAGCACAGCAGCUUGUAUUGUUCUGCUGGCCUUGAUGACAGAUACAUCACGGAUUUAAGACCAGUGGAGAACCCUACCUAAAUAUGUGAUUGACAAAUGGAGAUCUUUCCUUAAACUCAGUAUGUAACAUUUCACAACUUGUGCAGAGAUUUGUAAACUGUGCCUUUUCAAACACAUGGCUCUAUGUCAAUGCAAAAGCAUUUUUCUUUAAAUCUGCAUGAUUAUUUAGCAACUUAAGCGAUUUUUAUUUUAUUCGGAGCACUUUUUCAGCAAUAUUAGCAGCUGAGGGGCUCAGGAUCUAUUUUAAUAUAUCGAUCACUGUUCCACUUCACAUCAUGUAGAUGUAAGCAGAGGAUUCUGCAACUAGGAAGUUCUGUAUCUGUCUCUUUGACUAUACAAAUCUCUGUGUAAAAAUCCAAAUGUUGAUGGAUACUUUAAAAAAGAAAAAAAAGCCUUCCUUAAACUAAGAGCAGGCAGUUGUGGUUCACUGUGCAUUUACUGCUGGCUGUGUAAUUUCUUUUGAAAUUAAAGUUUUGUGUUUUCAUUGUAUUUUUAACUUUCAGGUAAUGGGGAUAUUUUAAAAUACUCUUUAGAAAGAUGCAAACUGUCACUGAACAUCUUGCUGACACAAGUUUUAAAACCAGAUUUGCUGGAAAUCUGAAAUAAAAUGCCAUCCUCAAGUCAGUGUUUAAGGCUCUGACAGUAUAGCUUAUUAAAAAAAUAAUAAAGAUUGUUCUGCGUGAAACAAUUUAGAUUCUGAAUCAUGUGAAAAGUUGUUGAGCCUUCUUUUCAUAUGGCAAAUUAUGCAGAAGUUAUGUCAAAGGUGCCAGACUCAGUUUCCAUUGAGGUUUACAGAUGUUCUGUACUUCAGUGGGAGCAGGUGCCAGCUAUGACUAGAUCUCAUUCUUUCUGUAACAACGUUGAGGUCACGCUCUUCAAUGAUAACAAGUUUUACCUGCUGUUUUCCUUCUGCCAUACAUCAUCUAUUUACUGUAGCUGUAGCUGUUAGUGAUAAUUUUAUUUCAAAAUGUUGGAAAAAAAUAUUACCCUAAGAAAGGUAUUUAUUUUAUCAAGAAAUGAUCUUGGACUUGAAAAGCAAGAUAAAGUAAAAUGUGAAGUAAAGCUUCACCUGUAGUGCAAAACUUGUGUUUUUAGCAGGUGUGUUUUUAAAACAGAUUUUUAAAAUUAUUUUUAAGGCAGGUUUUUAGAUUCUGAUGCAUGUAAUUCUGAAGGAAAAUGGCAGCUUUUCUUUUGCUUUUUUUUAUGAUGGGGAUCUUUUUAAAUCGAAUAUUGAUUGUGUUUAAUUCUUUAAAAAUACUGUUCGUGUUUUAACUCUUCAGAAGCCAGUUAAGUUGUUGGACUGAAACAGAAUUGGUUAUUUUUCAAAGACUCAGGAUAAACUAAAUAAGCUAUAGUACAUUUAAAAAUGUACAAUACAAAUUGGAAGUGAAACAUCUUAAAGAUAAGUUUACAGGAAUGAUAGUGCUCAUUCUA